GACACAGCAGCCGGCGGCACAUACGCGCGCAUGGCAGGAGUCCGGCCCGCCUCGGGGGCGCGCUCGGCGCUUCCCCCGACCGCUGCUCUCCUCUCCGUUCCCGCUAGACGUACUCGUCCCCGCGCCCCCCUUCCCGCAGCCCCCGGCGACGCAGAGCGGGGGUACGCGCACGCACAGGCUGCUCGCUCUCCCACACUCACCGAGGAGGAAAGCCUCUCACCGGGCAUGGCUGUCACGCAGCGCUCGCUUUGUUAUUGCCUCCCACUCCCGGCGCAGCGGUUGCCGCUGGCAGCUUGAUGGGUGGCGGUGGAGCGGAGGAGGACGGGCCCGGCGCGGAAUCCCGGGAGCAGAGCCGGGGUGUUUCCUAGGAGGCUAAUGUUUAUCGGGGACGUUUGUCUCAAUAUGUCCCGAUUUUGAAUCCGUUUAGUAAUUACUACAUCCUAAUAAAACGCCGUCAAGAUGAGUGUCCAAGGGAAAGGUUUCCCUUUGGAUCUAGGGGGAAGCUUUACUGAGGAUGCACCAAGGCCACCGGUCCCGGGGGAGGAAGGAGAGUUGGUUACAGCAGAUCCUAGGCCAUUUAGCCACAGUUAUUACACUGCAAAAUGUGAUGGGAUCAAAAAUGAGACUUCUACCGCAACUCCAAGAAGGUCUGACCUUGACUUGGGGUAUGAGCCUGAGGGCAGUGCUUCUCCAACUCCACCAUAUUUAAAAUGGGCUGAAUCAUUGCACUCUUUGUUGGAUGACCAGGAUGGGAUUAACUUGUUCAGAACUUUUCUGCAACAGGAGAAUUGUGGAGACCUCCUGGAUUUCUGGUUUGCAUGCAGCGGCUUCCGAAAGUUGGAGCCCAGUGACUCUAAGGUGGAAAAGAGGCUCAAACUGGCCAAAGCGAUUUAUAAAAAAUACAUUCUCGACAAUAAUGGGAUCGUUUCCCGACAGAUCAAACCAGCAACUAAAAGUUUUAUUAAAGAUUGUGUUUUAAGGCAGCAGAUUGAACCUGACAUGUUUGACCAGGCCCAGAUGGAAAUCCAGUCAAUGAUGGAGGACAAUACUUACCCUGUGUUCCUUAAAUCUGAUAUCUAUUUAGAAUACACAACGAUUGGCGGGGAAAGUCCUAAAAUUUAUAGCGACCACAGCUCAGGCUCUGGAACGGGGAAGGGUCCACCUGGGUAUUUGCCAACCCUUAACGAAGAUGAGGAGUGGAAGUGUGACCAAGUUGUGGAUGAUGAUUGUGAAAGAGAAUCUGUGUCAUCUAACAGACUUAACCAGAAACUCAUUUUAGAAGCUGUAUCACAUUGUGCAGCGCCUUCUAGACGGCUGAGUGAUGGAAGAGAAUUCAGGCCGGGAACGUGGAGAGAGCCAGUCAACCCUUACUAUGUCAACACUGGGUAUGCUGUGGCGCCUGCCACCAGUGCCAACGACAGCGAGCAGCAGAGUAUGUCCAGUGAUGCAGAUACCAUGUCUCUAACGGACAGCAGUGUAGAUGGGAUUCCACCGUAUAGACUACGGAAGCACCAUCGCAGGGAAAUGCAAGAAAGUGCCAAAGCAAAUGGACGUGUGCCACUACCUCACAUUCCACGUACAUAUCACAUACCAAAGGAUAUUCACGUUGAUCCUGAAAAAUUUGCUGCUGAGCUUAUAAGUCGCUUGGAGGCAGUUCUGAGAGACCGUGAAGCAGAACAGAAGUUAGAGGAGCGACUUAAACGCGUGAGAGCUGAAGAGGAAGGGGACGAUGCUGAUGUCUCGUCCGCACCCUCAAUGGUUAGCCACAAGUUGCCUUCAAGCCAACCUGUGCAUCAUUAUGGUUCCCGAUAUUCCGAGAUGGGUUGUGCGGGGAUGCAGAUCCGAGAUGCCCACGAGGAAAAUCCAGAAUCCAUUCUUGAUGAACAUGUGCAACGUGUCAUGAAAACUCCAGGUUGCCAGUCACCGGGCCCUGGUCGCCAUUCUCCAAAGCCACGCUCACCCGAUGGAGGCCAUCCGGGCAAGGGCCUACCCGUCUCUGUGGGAACAAUGCAAUCUGGACACGGCAAGCAUUCAGCCAAGUCUGGGUCAAAACUAGAGGCGUCCAACCUGUACCAUAAACACACCUAUCACCAUGUUCACCAUCACAGCGGGGUGAAACCUAAGGAACAGAUUGAGGCUGAGGCCACACAAAGAGUACAAAGCAACUUUGCCUGGAAUGUAGAACCUCACAACUAUGCAACCAAAUCCCGUAAUUAUGCAGAGAGCAUGGGGAUGGCUCCCAAUCCCAUGGAUUCUUUGGGCUACAGUGGGAAAGUAAGCAUGCUCGCCAAAAGGAACGCCAAGAAAGUGGACUCCGGAAAGAUUGAAAGUGCCAGCUAUGAAAUGCCUGUUGUUCCGGAAGAUGCAGAGAGACACCAGAAGAUCAUGCAGUGGAUAAUGGAGGGAGAGAAAGAGAUUAGCAGGCACAAGAAAACCGCCCAUAGCUCAUCAGGUGCCAAGAAGCAGCCCGCUCAUGAUGUGCCUAGACCACUUUCCAUUGAACGGCCCGGUGCAGUACACCCUUGGGUCAGUGCUCAGCUACGCAACGUGGUGCAGCCCUCUCACCCCUUCAUCCAAGACCCCACCAUGCCACCUAACCCUGCCCCCAAUCCACUGACGCAGUUGGAGGAAGCACGCCGGCGGCUGGAAGAGGAGGAGAAAAAACCUGGGAAAGCGCAAGUGAAACAAAGGUAUGUUCAAGAGGUAAUCCAGCGGGGGCGCUCUUCUGUCAGGCCAGCUUAUAUCCCACUGCUGAAUGUGGUACCAGCUGUCUCCGACAUGGACCUCUCAGAGUCACAGUUAAAGCCACAGAAGAAGGGGGGAAGUGGCUCCGGGCAGCCCUGUGAUAACAUUGUUGUGGCUUACUAUUUCUGUGGAGAACCAAUUCCCUACAGGACCAUGGUGAAAGGUCGUGUAGUGACCCUUGGACAAUUCAAGGAGUUGCUUACAAAGAAAGGAAAUUACAGGUAUUACUUCAAGAAAGUAAGCGAUGAAUUUGAUUGCGGAGUGGUAUUCGAGGAAGUGCGAGACGAUGACUCUAUUUUACCCAUUUAUGAAGAAAAAAUUAUUGGGAAAGUGGAAAAGAUUGACUAGGUCACUUGGAAACCUAAGAUGACACGCUGGAUGGGUAGAAGGGAGACUUGAACACCUUAAACACUAAAUGCUGGAAUCCAGUAAUGACGCAAGUCGGCCCUCGCCGUCGUACGGGGCCGUACCCUGGGCUCGCGAGGCUCCCGCCAGACUGCAGGCCGAGACCCUGCCAGGACCGCGUCCGCCACCUCCCCUUCUGGGAGCAGUUCAUGUAACGUAGCCGUGUACAGUUCAACUAGAGAUUGUAAUAGAACCUUGUUUAUGAAAGCUGCAUAUUUUUGAUACCUUGAAAUAAACAGGAAGAUAAUUCCCAAUGUCACAGUGCACUUAUGUAAAUGUAAAUCCUAUGGUGCUGACGUCACCAGACUUGUCACUAAUCAUCUUAAGCCAAUAGUAACAUACACAUUCUGCCAACAUGUGUUUUAUUUCAGAUGUUUUAGCUGCCAUUUCCAGUGUUCUCUGUUGCCACACAUGUAUUCUCUAUGCUUUUACAAACACUACGGUUUGCUUUGAAGAAAUGUCCUGUUCAGUAUGCACGCUGGGCCCAGGUGUUGGAAGCGCUGGUACUUUUAUGUAUGGGCACUUGGUUAUUUUAAACAAUUUUCCAAACUUUUUUUUUUUUUCUUUAUUGAAUUGCUCUUUGUGAGUCUUUUUUGAAACUAGAAAUAUAAUUUAUUAUUUAUCCUCCUUGUA